CUCUUGUUGCCCGACGAAACUCCACUCUAUACAAUGCGUCUCAGUCGGUGUUCAAUGCUGGCUCUGACAGCCGCAACAGCCAGCGCUUUUCGUGAUACCUCUCCGUUCUUCCUUGCAUCAACAUCUGAGAUCCUAUCUACUCCUGCACAACUAAAAUCCGCUACCACCCUGCUUGACGAACUUUCUACGAAACUUGGCGCAUGUCCAUCUGACUACUAUGUCAUCGCCUCUCAACCCGGGGUGCACAGCACCGAUUUCGCUACUGGCAAAUCCGCCCCCCGCCUCGGGGCGAGGAUGACAGGCGAGGACGAGGCGAUUCGAUCCACUAUGAUUGUCAACGAAGUUGUAGGCGUAUUGGAAACGAAACAAGUCCGAGAUAUUCUCGAAACUCAAUGUGGCGCCCAAACAACGGUCAUCGAUACUUCAGCCGGAUCAUAUUCGACCGACUUCGGCAAAGAGCCUCGCGUCGUCGUUGUCACGUUUCCUUCGCCGCCUCUCGGUUCCGAGCGAACACAGCAGCUUUCUGAUCACGACGGGCUCCUUUUUGAUAUUGUCGGCCGACUUCCGUCGAAGAAAUACACCAUCCUCUACCUUACGACGCCCAGGGAGUUUGAAGAAUCUGAAUCACCUGUUUACACGUCCUCGAACGACCCCUACCAAGAAGCGAUGCACAUGGACCUGAAGCGGGACUACUCUGCUCACUCCCGCAGUGACGAUACGAAGAACAGCUCUCUUUUCGAUGAGUACCAGUACUUUACGCCAGGUCUUUUUAUGGCCCUUAUCGCCGCUUUCUUCUUCAUUGCUAUUCUUUAUGUCGGCCUCAGUGCCCUGAUGAGCUUGCAGGUUUCCUACGCAGCCUUUGAGAAGGACACCUCUUCGACGGCUCAGAAGAAGCAACAGUGAUUGCAUUUAUAUAUGGCAGCGUGAGGACCAGCUUUUUUGCGUAUUUGUUCGUUAACUUCGAACGUAUAUCAUAAAUCUACUUGCAAUGGUGCCUUGCUUGUAAUAUGACUAAGAUAGCAUGAUCUAUACGAGC